ACUUCUUUCACCUUCUACAUUCCCUCUCUACCACUGUAUACCUCCUCCCUAGCAUAGUCACUAUCCUUGACUCAUUCAAACUCCAUUUUCUUUACUAACUUCCACCAAUGUCCACCUCCAAAACCUCUGAUAAAACUCUCCAAGCCUUUGACCCCACCCUGGCUCCCACCGGUUUUUCACUCCUCCAACGGAACACCUCCCCUCCUCAGCCAAGUGAGAGGAGAGGCCGGCGGAAGCCAGCCGAGCCAGGGCGGUUUCUUGGAGUUCGGCGGCGGCCGUGGGGCCGCUAUGCUGCCGAAAUCAGGGACCCCACCACAAAAGAAAGGCAUUGGCUGGGGACUUUUGACACUGCCCAUGAAGCUGCCCUUGCUUAUGAUAGGGCUGCCCUUUCCAUGAAGGGCACUCAAGCAAGAACCAACUUUGUCUACUCUGACAACAACACCACCAACAACACAGCUUUUGGUCUCCAAACCCUAUUUCAACCACCACAUCUCCUCCUCCCCACCACCACAACCACUGAUCAGACUCAGACUCAGACUCAAACCCAACAACCAACCAAUCAUCACAACAGUCCAUGCUCUGACAAUGACUCUGGCUCUCAAUCUUCAUAUGGGUCAUCACCAAAUAACCAUAAUAACUUCUUUUUCUCAUCAUCUGAUAAUUCAAACUCAGGUUAUCUGGGCUGCAUAGUACCAGAUAGCUGCUUGAAGCCUCCUAACAACAAUGCUAGUAGUAGUACUACUUCAAAUGCAGGUUUUCCUAGUAACCAAACACAUUGGGAUCAAAGCAGUGCAGUACUUGGUGGUGGUGGUGAGCUUCCUUACUUUGAUGGACUUAACUAUGGAUUUUGGGGCAGUGAUCAGCAGCCAUGGGAGAUGAAUUCUUGUGAACCCGUGUCGGCGGAGAUGAUCAACAACAACAACAACAACCCAUUGAUGGAAACUUUGUAUCCAAACAAUGGAAAUCUGGUGGAUUAUGGAUCAAUGCCUGCGAUCUCUUCCUCAGCAACUUCAUCAUCUUCAGUUUCUCCUCCAUUUGGUGGUGGAGUUGAUGAUUUUGGAUACUCUCUUUUCUACUGAUUUCAUGGUCUGACUAAACUUCAUCAUCAUCAUCCUCUGAUUAAGGUGGUAAUAUUAGUUAUCAUCAUCCACAAACUUAAAUGCACCAUCUGUUUUUUUGUUGUGUUCUUGGUUUUCUUGCAACCCUUUUUUCUGUUGUAAUUACACUUUUUUGUUUUUCAUGAGAGAGAGAGAGAGUGUUUCGGUUUUAUUAAGAUAAUGAAAAUUUGU